AUAGGGUGAACCAACUCCUCCUCUCAGUCUUCAGUUCUUCACAUCUUACAAUUCACAAGAUAACGAGACAGAGAUAAAUAUACUGAUAUACAAGAUUCAUACAUACAUUUGGUUUCUUUGUGAGCGGGGAAAUUUUCAGUUACUUCACAGUAUUGUUCAUUGUUGUAUCUCAUAAUUUUCAAGAUUUUAAUCUUGGAGAUUUAAAGAGAAGAUGGAUAAAUUACAGUGGGGAAGUAGAAAGAGGUUGAGAUGUGUCAAGGUGAAAGAGUCUUCAUCAUCUUCAUCAGUGAUGAAUGGUGCGAAAUCUGAAGAAGAGAGUGGUGGUAAUGGUCUUAUUGUUAAGAAGAAAACCACAUCUAGAGUUGAUAGGAGAGUUGUUGCCGCUGCUGCACCUUCGACUCCUAAUCAUCUUCAUGAUGAUAAAAACAAUGAUAUUGCCACUGCUAGUAGACAAGUUCAAGCUUCUUGUCCUUGCCCUCCUUUUCAGUCCCCGAAUCGAGCCAGCAGAGAUUUAGGAACACAUAGGUCGAGCGCCAGUGGGAAUCGGAAGAUGUUAUCAUUUGCCUCUCCUGAAAAGGAAGAUAGGUACUAUAGCACAAGGGGAUCGGGCAUAGGAGUACUGGAUGACAACAGCAAGAUGUUCAUGGAAGCAACCAAAGAGAAAAAAGUGGUAGUUUGGCCAAAAUUGUAUGUAGCACUAUCAAGUAAAGAAAAAGAGGAAGAUUUUAUGGCAAUGAAAGGGUGUAAGCCACCCCACAGGCCUAAGAAGAGGGCCAAAAUGAUUCAGAAAAGUGUACUUUUUGUCAGUCCGGGUCAAUGGUUGUCUGACUUGUGCCAAGAGAGGUAUGAAGUUAGAGAGAAGAAGACUUCUAAGAAGAGACCAAGAGGAUUAAAGGCUAUGGGCAGCAUGGAAACUGAUUCUGAAUGAAUCGAUGGAAAGAGAUACAUCGGACAAUAUUACCAAUAGAAAAAGAAACGUUGGCAAUGGGAAGAGCUUUUCUGUAGUUCGUAAAUGGAAGCAGGCAGUGCCGCAGAGGUUGAGGGAUCAUGAACGAGAGAUGAUUGGUGUUUGUAGUCUCUUUGUAAAGAAAUUAAUCUUUAUUGACCGGAAAUAUUUGUAUCGACAUUCUUUAAAGAGAAAAAGAGACAAUUUCUUUUUUUUUUAUA